GUGAACGUGAACUGCCCAACAAGGAAAAAAAGCAGAAGUGGCUGAAACGUCGAUAAAAAAACGAGCCACAGAUUUAUUUUUGAAGGGUGUGUGCUUUUUUAUAUGACACACAGUUAAAAGCCGAGAGAAAGAAAACAACAACACAUCAUCUUCAAAGUGCAGGAACUGUGAAAAGCGAAAUCCGACACAAGGUGACCAACGAUGGCUGUAAACGUGUACUCAACCUCGGUGACCAGUGACAACUUGAGUCGUCAUGACAUGCUGGUCUGGAUCAACGAGUCUCUACAGAUGAACCUCACCAAGAUAGAAAUGUUGUGUUCAGGUGCUGCCUACUGCCAGUUCAUGGACAUGCUGUUCCCCAACUCUGUGCCUCUGAAGAAAGUCAAAUUUGGUGCCAAACUGGAGCACGAGUACAUCCACAACUUCAAGCUCCUGCAGGUCUCCUUUAAAAAGAUGGGAGUCGACAAAAUCAUUCCAGUAGACAAACUGGUGAAGGGGAAGUUCCAGGAUAACUUUGAGUUCGUCCAGUGGUUUAAGAAAUUCUUUGAUGCCAACUACGACGGAAAGGACUACGACCCCGUUGAGGCGAGGCAGGGCCAGGAUGCUAUGCCCCAAACCAACACCGCCACCUCCGCCUUCAACAAACCCCCGAAAAAAGUCCUCAGUCAAACUCCUCAGAGGCCACCUGUUGCCAAGGUAGCACCCAAGAUGGCUCCCGGCACCGCGAGGAAGCCGGGUAUGGGAGGAGCCGACGAGGAGAGGGCGGAGCUCCUGAACGAGAUGGAAGUCCUGAAAACCACCAUUCAGGACAUCGAGAAGGAGAGAGAUUUUUAUUUUGGUAAGCUGCGGAACAUCGAGCUGAUUUGUCAGGAGAAGGAAGGCGAGGGCGACCCGACACUGCAGAGGAUCGUAGACAUCCUCUACGCCACAGACCAGGAAACAGCAGACAUGAAGCUGAGAGCAACAGACGAAGAGGGUUUCGUGAUACCGGACGCUGAGGAGCAGGAGGAGUUUUAAUAAUCCGGACUGCGAGCAGCUUCUUCAAAGUCCUGGUCUCACUUCCACACUUCGAGAUCCUUCCUCAAGCCAAGAAGCCUGUUUGGUUUUAUAUCCAACACCAAACCUGAUUUCGAUUUGUGGUCCAAACCCCCCUGCUCCCUCCCUCCCCCCCACCCCCCCCCACCCCCCCUCCCCUCCCCUCCUGAACCCUCAACACAACCUGCUGGACUUCUUUUUCCUCCUUCUUCUUCUUCUUCUUCUUCUAGCCUUGAACCGCUAAGCAGCACAGCUCCUCCUUUCUUUACCAAUGAUCUACAAAGCCUCGGUCACUGCCGCCUCUUUUUCCUUUCACACUCAGUCUGCCAGAAAUACACCUCCUCAUCCUCCCUCAUCCUCUUCCUCCCUCCUCCUCCUCUCCCUACCUGUAAUCCCUCCCUUUCCCCAAAACCAGAUGCUGUCACAUGCAGAACAUAUCUGGUUUUUGUAACGGACUUCAGUGUGAAAAACACGGUGAUGUUCUGUGUGUGUGUUUGAGUGAGAGUGUGUGUGUGUGUGUAUACUUAUGUGUGUGUAUGUGUGUGGUUGUACGUGUUUAAAAAGAACAAUUUGAAAUAAAUCAAACAUGACGAACCUCCUCUGAAGAUCCGACUGUCAGUUCCACCAAUCACUUUGUCCCAAACUAACCUCCCACCCUUACCUCCCCCCUUCAGUGCCGCCAUUUUGUGCCUCUUGAUUGACACACGAUGAUUCAGCUUCACGACGACGACGACUCCGUUCAGAAAGAAGUGAGACAAACUGUACGUGUGUGUGUCUCCUGCUGGUACAUUCCCAGCUACACGGCUUCAUUUUUACACCUUUUAUGAACCAAAAAUCUGACAGUUUUUUUAUCUAUUGGUCCAAAUUUUAGUCACGCCAACUAUUAAAGUGUUUAAAAUAGUAAAAAAGCGUUCAGUCAGAAGUAGCUGAUUAAAACUAAAUGAAGUAACAAACAAUCUUUGGGCGACACACGUUGAGACUGAAGGGCUCCGGGGGGGCAGAGGGGGGUUCAGUCUGGGACAAGGCGACAGUCGGGUCUUCUCUUGGCCUUUUUUUUAUUUUAUAAUUAUUUUUUCAUUUUUGCCACCAUUUUUUUUCUCUUUUUUUGUAAAUGUAUGCUACUGUUUUAUUAUUAUUUUCCCCCUUUCUCUUCCUCACCAACUCCAUUUCUCUCUUUAUGUUUGUCUUGUUUUCUGAUAACUUUUCGGGGGCACCUGUCACUCAUGCUGUCAUACAUUUGUUUUCUAUGUAGGUUGAGUGUUUGUUUUUUUUUCUUCUCACGCUGACUAAAUGAUCACUCUGUUUGAUUUCACUUGUGUUCAGAAACGUUCUUUUUUGUCCGGUCGUGAUAAUGAAGAAAAAAGAGAGAGAAGGGUUUUAUUGGAGCUCUAAAGUUGGUCACUGGUUUUGUAGCAGAUCAGUUUUUGUGUCUUUUGUUCCCUCCUCCACCUUCGUGCUCCCCUCUCAGCCUCGGUGUUCACAUGUCAUGCCUCCUAAAAACAUGCAGUUAUUAAUUUAAAUAACUUUCAGUCAGUGUGAGAUGAAGCUUUUCUGCCUUUUUAUCAACAUGCCAAUGUUUAGUAAAAAAAAAGUGCAUAAAAAAACAAAAAAAACCUCCCAGAAACAGCAUGGACUGCAGGAUCAGCAGUGGUUGUUCUGUCUGUUUUGUGCCAGUGGCCAUUAAUCAGCCCCGUUAGCCAGUCAACACUCAGCAGCCACAUAACGAACACUGUGAGCUCAGACUGCGGCUGAUCAGCUCGUUAACUUCGGCCACAGUCGAGACCAUCCGACACCUGCCCGAUCGAGGCCGUGACGAGGCUCCGAUCAGACGGAUCAAUGAAUCUUCCAUGUUGGAUUUCCUGAAGCUGUUCAAUCACUGUGGGAUCAAUAAGUUAUCGAUAAACUCGCUGCACUGAAGGCAUUAUUCCUCUCUGGAAGUGCAGGACAGGUGUCUCUUUCCCCCUCUCACCUUGUUUUGUUUGUUUUCUGUGUUUCCACACCCUGAUUGACCAAUUUUAAUACUAAUGUUGUAUAUUGUGGAUCUAAUUUGAGACCAAUGUUUCCACUGUACGAUGUAAACAAUGUCAUUUUUGACAUCGAUACCUAAUUUGAAGCCCACAAACUUAACUCGUGUUGAUUUCACUCAAGCAGCAUGUUGUUAUUGGUAUAUAUACUUUAAUCAAUGGCCUUAUUCAUUAAAGAAAAAAACACUUUUCAUAACUUUAUUUUUACUUUAAUGUACAUCUCUGCUGUUUUGGGCAAAUGUUUGUACUGUUACAUUAAUAUUUUUAAUGUGGUCUGAAAAUAAACAACGUUGGAGGUAUUUUGGACGAAAGCAUCAGAUGUGUCGGGUCGCGGCCGACUCACCCGUCUUCCUUAA